AUGUCUCGCAGCAAAACCCGAACGCCACCUCAGAAACCACCAGUCUUCACCAAGGAUACAAGCACAAUCAUCUCAGAAGUCCAAAGCCUGAUCGCNAAAGUCUCAAAAGUGCAAGAAGCAGUCCUGACGACCGUCAAGCCAGAGACUGCGACCUUCUCCAAUGUGAUCUUACCGUUUGCUCGCAACCAGAACGAUGUCUCUCGCCAACUGCCCAUACUCAGCUUCUAUGAGGCAAUUUCUCCAGAUGAAAGCCUACAAGAUGCUUCCACCGAGGCAAAGAAGCUGUAUGCGGACUUUGAAAUAGAGACGAAUAUCCAUGAAGGUUUAUUCGCGUUAGUUGAUGCGGUGGUCAAGAAGAAUGAAGAUCUCGAGCACGAAGAUAGAAGGCUUCUGGAGCGAUACCAUAGAUCUUUCCUCCGGAACGGACUUGGCGCAACGCUCGAGAAACGCGAACGCUUCAAGGAUAUCCAGAAACAGCUUCAUCAAUUGGCGAGCGACUUUGAGAAGAACUUGAGAGAAGGAAACAAAGGGGUUUGGUUUGAUGUCGAGGAACUGGAUGGUCUUUCCAACGACUUGGUAUCAUCUCUUGAACAGGGUACUGGUGAGGACGACGGGAAAGUGCUGCUGACCUUUGGCUUCCCACAUGUGUCCACAGCCUUAAAAUACGCGACAAACAGUGAGACUCGUCGUGUUUACUAUACCGCGUACGACAACAGGUGUCCUAAGAAUGUUCCGAUAUUCAAGGAGAUAAUGGCUCUGAGACAAGAAUCUGCUCAACUUCUCGGAUACGCCAACCAUGCUGCUUUCAGGAUUGAGGACAAGAUGGCCAAAACUCCAGAUGCUGUCAUGAGUUUCCUCGACGAUUUGCAUUCACGACUCUCUGCUGGAGUCAAAGUCGAAGUCGAUGAGUUGAAGAAGCUCAAGAGCAAAUUCCUUGAAGCGCGCGGCGAAGUGUCUGAUGGAAAGAUGUAUCUCUGGGAUCAACCAUUUUACAAUCGUAUGAUGCUUGAGGAGCAAUCCUUGAUCGACCGACAAGAGAUUGCAGAAUACUUUCCUUUGGCGACAACGGUCGCAGGCGUUUUGAGCAUCUUCUCUCAUCUCUUCGGUCUAGUGUUCGAAGAGGUCGUUGGUGAGGACAGAGACACUCUUUCACCAACAGGCAAAGGUGAAAACCUCGUUUGGCAUGAAGACGUCCAAAUGUAUGCCGUAUGGGAUGAUGAGCAAGAAGGCGACUCCUUCCUUGGGUACCUCUAUCUCGACCUCUAUCCACGAGAAGGAAAAUAUGGAGGCAUGUGUAACAUGAAUCUGCAAUGCGUAAGUCACUGUCUUUGCCCAUCUCCCCGGCGCUCAUCGUUCGUUGACAUAUUUGCANNGGGCUUCGAGCAGGAAGAUGGCACACGUCACUACCCAGCCACAGCACUCAUCUGCAAUCUGUCAAAACCCACCGCUACAAAAACCUCACUCCUCACUCAUGAUCAAGUCCUGCUCUUCUUCCACGAGCUGGGCCAUGGUAUACAUGACCUUGUCGCCCGAACAAGGUAUUCUGUCUUCCACGGCACAGCCACUGUAGACGAUUUCUGCGAAGCGCCAUCCCAAAUGUUGGAAUUCUGGUACUGGGUUCCAGAAUUGUUACGAUCACUUAGCAACCACUACACGUACCUUUCUCCCGAAUAUCUCACUACCUGGAAUCAAGAGAAUGCAGAUGUAAAAGCACAACUGGAGAAAUAUAUCCCUCUCAGCACGAUCGAGAAGCUUGUCCAGGCGAAGAACGUCAAUGGGAGUCUUUUUCAGUCUCGUCUUUUGCAUCGCAGUUANCUUGAUAUGAUUGUGCAUCAGCCCUCUUCUUUACAAGAGAUACAAAAUAUGGAUAUUGGAGAACAGUGGAACAAACUCCAAGGACAAGUUUCUUUCCUCGAUACUGGCGAUGGCUAUAAAGGACUGGGUUACUCGAGUUUCAACGCUGUGAUUCGUGUCUACGAUGCAGGGUUCUAUGGAUAUCUGUAUUCGAGGGUCUAUGCUGCGGAUAUGUUCUAUUCUGUAUUCAAGGAUGAUCCGAUGAAUGCAGCUCAAGGCAGGAGAUACAGGCGCACAAUGCUGGAGAAGGGUGCUAGCGUUGAUGAGAUGACUACAUUGGUGGACUUCUUGGGAAGAGAGCCCAGCGCUGAGGCUUUCUACAAGGACUUGGGCUUGCAAUGA